AAGUUAUGGUGUUAAAAGAGACGUCCUUAGCCGGAGACACCAUCUGUCUCAUGUUUCUGUGCUCCAGUCUGCAGGAUGAUGUCAAAGUAGUUAAACUAUCACAACAGGUAGAGAAAAGCCACACGAAAAGGUCAAACCAGGAAUCAGAGGCUGGAGCGGGGACUUGGUUUGGAUUUUAACUGCAUGUGGCUAAGCUGAGUCACUCCAGCCAGCAGCGCAAUGGAAAAGAAGUUGGGAAAAGUUCCAUUUCUUCUGUGGGUUUCUUUCCCACUGCUGGCUCGUCUGAACCACUGAGAGCUGCUUCUUCUUUUAGGCUUGGUGCAUGAGGAAAAGAAAGAACUUGUCGAACUCUGUACGGACCUAUUGCUUUGUUUUCACCAAACUGGACGACCCACCGGUUGGAUAAGACUACGGGAGGCAUUUCUUUACAUAGAUCAUAGGAAUUUAAAGUUGCAUGCUGGAAACUUUGAGUAAAUUUAAUGCAUGCCUCCAAUGACCGAUAAAACCCUCUGAAAGUGCAUUUUCAAAUACUGAAAAGUCUGAUGCAAAUGGAAGAGCUAAGAUCUUUAAGCAUCCUAAUGAAGGAACAAAGUGAAGACAUACUGAGAAAGGAGCAAGCUGAUGAUCUAAAUCUUAACAGGGAAAUUAACCCAGUGGAUGCAUUUAACCUUUGUAUUGGUUCAUUGUCCUAUUUUGCAACGCCUUCUGAAGAUGUUAAUGGGUCUUUUAUAGAAGAAACUGACACAGAGACAACAGAGAAGAUGAUCAUGCAGUUGGAAGAACAGAAAACACGGGAUGAAUACAUCGAUAAUGGCUUAGAUAAUAAAAAUCCUGACCAGAUUAACACGACAGCUCAACACAAAGUUAACACAUGCGAGAAUGAAGAUCUAUCAGUGGAUAUGUUUGCAAGAAAUGGAUCUAUUUCCCCAAAAUGUCAAGAUGUUUCUGCAAACAGCACGGAGGCAGAGUGUGGUUUCUCAAACGUAAAUAAUAAGCAUGAUGGCGUUAAAGAGGCCACUCAAAAAUUGUGCUUUGAGGAAGAUUGUGUCCCAAUUUCUCACUCUGGUGUGGAUUCUGAGAAGAUUGUGGACCUACAACCAAAAAGGAAAGAUUCUGCAAUAGUUUUGAAACAUACACUUGAUGCUUUUCAAGAGCAGGGACCAGAACUGGAGGAUGGUGAGGAAGGGAAAUUUAUUGGAAAUGAAGGAGAAAAGGGAAAGAAUGUCUGUUCAAACUUCCUUACCAGUGUAAGUGAUGAUUCACAUGAUACUAAUAAGCUAACGGCUAAUUGUCCACUAGGGUCGAGUCUUACCAGAGCAACCUUCUUUCCAGCCUCCCCAACAGACAAAGAAACCCAACUUCUGGUUCUGUUUGGUGGCCUUAGAGUUCUCAAGAAGGGGGCUUCUGGAAAUCAACUCCUCGAAGAAAAGCAGGGUGAUGCAAAGGCCCAGGGAGGCUUUCUGGACCAGAUUUCCCAGUUUCUGAAUCGAGAAAAGAGUGCAGGUGAUGAGAAAGGUAACGAUUUGACCAAGAGUAAACCACAUAAGGGUGAAAUCGGAACAUGCAUGGAUGGAAAUGAGGGAUGUCCAGAAAGUAAGAGCAAAGAACUUCAAGUAGAAGAUGAUUUAAAGGAUUCAGUGCAAGUCGAGCCAACCAAGCCUGUGUCAAGCGCAGAAGCAGCUUUUGAUGCCUUUAAAGCCCUUUUCACCCCAAAACCUCUGAAGAAAGACUCAUCAGAGAGGACUGACCUGGAAGCAGUGAGGAAGAAGUUACGAAAUGAUAAAGAUGUGCUCAGAUUGCUUUUUGAGAGAACCUCCAAAAAGCCACUAGAAAAGAAAGACACAUGUGAUGAAAAAUCAGAAGCACAGACAACAGGAGAAGGAGACGAAAAAACUCCUGGUCGCCUGCAAGCCGUGUGGCCUCCUCUCAAGGAGGAAAAGGUUGGCCUUAAGUAUACUGAAGCAGAGCACCAGGCUGCUCUCCUGCAGCUGAAAAGAGAAUGCAAACAGGAGCUAGAGAAGUUACAGGAGGAUUAUGAGAUUCAACUCUACAAACUGAGGGAGCAACACAGAUACAACGUGGAACGUUUGGAGUUGGUUGUUGCUGAGCUACAGGUCAAAGUUUCCCAGGUUACGAGUCACCAUCCAGGGAGCCAUAAAGAUGUGGCUAUUUCUACUACAGAUGUCUUUUUAAACAAGUCAUUCCGCACUGUCAGCAUCCAGACUGACAGAGAGAGCUUCAUCAAAACUCCAGAAGAUGGAGAGGUUACCAGGACAGCUUCUUCAAAUCUUCAGGAGCAAAUGGGAAUCCCUAAAAAGCUGGACAUGUCUCCCAUCAGUCUCAACCUGUCUGGUCAGACAGGAGAUGAAUUUUCUUCCCCUUCUUCAUCUUCAACAUUACUUCAGACUCUACCUUCUGGAGAGUCUUUACCAAUACCAGGCACUGGUUCUCUGAAUUCACCACCAGCUGCACAAACCCCUCCUCCUCCUUUGCCACCACCCUUGCCAUCUUUGUCACUACCUCCACCACCUCCACCUCCGCCCCCACCUCCUCAGUCAGGACUAGGUGUUUCUCACCCACCACCUCCUCCACCAGUAGGGGGUCUUGUUGAUAAACCUCCUAGGAAGCCAGUAGUGGAACCUUCCAGAGCCAUGAAGCCUCUUUAUUGGACCAGAAUCCAGAUUGAAAAUGACAACAACUACUUACUUUGGAACAACUUAGAGGAACCACACAUAAUAAAUGCCAAUGAGUUUGAGGAACUCUUCGCUAAAACAACUGUUAUGGAAAAAAAGAAGCCCCUGUCUCAGACUUUUGAGAAGAAAGCCAAAACUAAAAAGAUCAUUAAGCUGCUUGACAGCAAGCGCUCUCAGGCUGUGGGAAUCCUCAUAUCAAGCCUCCACCUAGAAAUGAAAGAUAUUCAGCAAGCUGUACUGACCGUGGAUCAUUCUGUGGUGGACCUGGAGGCCAUUGAAGCACUUUAUGAAAAUAGAGCUCAGGCAGAUGAGCUGGAGAAGAUCAGGAAACAUUAUGAGCUGUCUGAAGAGGAGGAUGUUAAACUGUUGGACAAACCUGAGCAGUUCCUGUAUGAACUGUCUCAGAUUCCAGAGUUUACUGGCCGAGCUUGCUGUAUGAUCUUCCAGUCGACCUUCAUUGAUGGGAUUGCAUCAAUAAAACGCAAGCUAAGCUCUGUCUCUUGUGUCUGUAAGGUUCUGCUGGAGAGCAGCGGCGUCAGGGAGGUUAUGGGACUGGUGCUGGCUUUGGGGAACCACAUGAACGGAGGCAGCAGGAUCAGAGGCCAGGCAGACGGUUUUGGUCUCGAAAUCCUUCCAAAGCUCAAAGAUGUAAAAAGCAGGGACAACCGUAUCAGCCUUGUCGACUAUGUGGUGUCGUACUACCUGCACAAUGUGGAUAAGAAUGCUGAAACAGAAAAUAGUGUGUUUCCUCUGCCUGAGCCUCAGGACGUCCUCAUUGCAGCUCAGGUCAAGUUUGAUGACCUCAGCAGGGAUCUGAGGAAGUUUGAACAAGAUCUGAUAAGUAUGUGA